AUGCACAUGCUAACAGUGGCCGUGCGGAUUCUCUUAUCUGGACUGAGAUGGACACCGGAUAGACAUGAAAAACUCCAAGUCGGUCAGAGAUCGGUUAACGAAGUGUUUAUAGUCUAUAACGUCAGAGAUAGUAUCGGUCGAGCCUAUCAGACUAGGCAUCGUAUUCAUUUCUAUGAAUGCUGCUGCAUACCAGGCAAUGUCAUUGCGAAGGUCGUAGCAACAACAAAACAAGCAAUCGAAGAGAAUGGCUUCUUAUUCUUAACAGACGACGGAGUCUCCUUAGAGGACCUCCAUCGUGAAUUCGAUCUGUUCCAGUAUCAUCAUCUGAAUAUCACAGAGGAGAAAAAGAAAGAGCUGCUCUGGGACCCGUUGACAGGAGUCUCUGCGAGAUUCAAGCGAGCAACAGGCUGGAAACGAGAGGCAGGCAAAUACGGCGGGAUUGAGCAGUUUACUCUUUAUUCCCCAGAAUUCGAAGAUCUUCAGAGAGUCCCGAACUGCAUUCGACCGUUCAUGGAUGAGAUCACUGCUUUUUGUGACUAUAUGGAAAAAAUCGGUCACUCGUCACUUGUUGCAGUUGUUGUCCUUGGUUCUCGAGCUACCCAGCGACUGGCUAUGGGAUGCUUCAAUUGUUGAUUCUGACUGGCCUGUCUCCAGAAGCGGACACGGAUGGCUUUUCUUGGCGAAUAUGAAUGGUGAGCAUGAAUUAAAAUUCAGACUGCAGCACAGGCUGUCUGAUGCAAUAGUCUUUAGGUGAAGUAGAUGAUGAGCUGUUAUUUCAGCCUUAUGAAUAUGGAAUCCUUUCUUCAUCGGAAAUACGGAUUCGGAAAGAAUCCGCGAUGAGUCAGGCAUGAGUCAGCUUCUCCUAGGAAAAUGAAGUUGCUGACUCACCGUCGUAAGAUCUGGUUGACAUUUACCUAGUCGUAUCCAGU